AUGCUUGUCACCAGGCAAUACGAUACGGAGCAUAGCCAUUGGCCUUUUAGCAAAUACGAUCCGUCUCGCAAUCCGGCAAGCCCACGCAUGUCGAACCCCUACAAUGUUCAUGUCGAGUUGCCGGCGCCAUCCAGUUGGCAAGGCCAGCACUCAGGCACCCACAGCGGGGAUGGGCUCACCCAACCUUUUGGGCAACGGAGCGAUGAAACACAGAGGGCACAAUCGCGACAGCCUGCAGGAGUACGACACUCGAACCUUCAGGGUGGGGGUUAUGGAGCAACGUUCGGCACAUCAGCUCGAGAGAACCUCAUUACCGCAGAGUCUGGAAAGUCGCAGGUGGGAAAGGCAAACUCUCUGAAGGAUGACGACGAGGAUGAUUUGGAUGAGGACGACAUGCUUGAUGGAGAGGGAGACAACCCUGCCCAAACUGCGGCGGAACGCGCAGCGGCUCGCCGCAAGAUGAAGAGGUUCAGACUUACCCAUCAGCAAACUCGAUUUCUUAUGAGCGAGUUUGCAAAGCAGCCACACCCUGAUGCCGCGCACCGGGAGCGUCUGUCGAGAGAAAUUCCCGGACUCAGCCCACGGCAGGUUCAGGUCUGGUUCCAGAAUCGACGUGCCAAGAUCAAGCGUCUCAACGCUGACGACCGCGACCGAAUGAUCAAGAUGAGAGCAGUCCCCGAGGGAUUUGAUAACGUUCAGGCACUCCAUUCACCAUACGGAGCUGUUCAUGGCAUGAACACCCCGUUGUCGGCUCCAGGGCAAUUCAACACCCAAUCGUAUGCUCAGCACAUGAUGAGGCCGCUGAUCGUCGAUGUACGGAGGACUGAGGCGAGCGAGCAUGCCUCCCCGACUGGCUUGACUCCUGGAUUUGGGGGGCUUGGGUAUAGCCCUGCUGGGAGCAUGAAUAGCCCUAGCAUUGUCUCACCACUUUCUCCAGCUUCGAGCGACCGAUAUGCCUAUGGCGGGCACUUCUCUGCUCCCCUCACAGCGAGCCCCAGGACAUCGCACCCAUUUGGACAACAUGGCCUCGACGCCCCUAUCGAGAUCAACCGACCAAGCCCUCUCCCUAUCCAGCCUCCCCUGCUCCGUGACACCAUGUCCAGAGCCAGAUCAGAGUCGUCACAGUCACCACUGCGUUCGACCAUGUCAUGGAAGGGAGACACAAUCGACUAUUCCUACCGAGGAGCAAACACGAGCCCAAGCCUUGUUGACCGACACGCUCCUCUGUAUCAGCCAACCCCCAUAACGCAGUCCUCUGGUGGUAUGGAUACUUACGCUGCGAACUCGAUGCCUGGGAGCAGGGCUUCACCCGUGCCCCAAGCCCCAAACCGCGAAGUUGAAAGGGCUUGA